AUGAAAUUAUUUACUUUGGUGUUCUAUUCCUUCCUCAUAAGGUGUGUGUUUGCAGCACCCAUGAUUAAUCCUCGUGCGUCAUUGACCUUACCAGCCGAUGAUCCUUUCUAUAGUCCUCCUAGUGGCUACGAAAACGAAGAACUAGGUGCAAUAUUGAGAGUUAGGCAACUUGACCCUUCCACUGUCGGAUUAAUCGAUUUUUCGGUAAAUGUAAAGGAAAUUUAUCAACUUCUUGUUCAUUCUCAGGAUACACACAACCAGUCCAAUGCAAUUGUGACAACAGUUUUCGUUCCAUAUAAUGCAGACCCUGAUAAGUUAGUAUCAUAUCACAUGGCAGAAGAUACUGCUUCUAUUAAUUGUGCUCCAUCAUAUGCCAUGCAAUUAGACUCGGAUAUUUUAAGUUGGAUUACACCCCAGGUUGAAUUGUUACUUGUUGUACCACCUUUACAAGAAGGAUACAUUGUAAUAGUCCCAGAUCAUGAGGGUCCAAAAUCUACGUAUGCUGCUGGUUAUCAAGCUGGUCAUGCUAUAUUGAAUUCGAUUAGAGCAACAAUAAAUUUAGGGACUGAAAUCGGUAUUAGUCAAAAUCCUGAUGUAGCAUUGUGGGGAUAUUCCGGUGGAGCAUUUUCUACUUCGUGGGCAGCAUCUUUGGCGCCUACCUAUGCACCAGAAUUAAAUAUAAUUGGUGCUGCCAUGGGUGGGGUUCCUGUGAGCCUUCAGCACUUGGCAAUACAUUGUAUGGGUAACUUGUUCUCAGGGUUCAUGUUUGCAGCCAUCCUUGCACUUUCUCACGAAUACCCAGAACUUGCUGAGGAGCUUCCAAAAUUAAUCAUUCCAGAGAAACUCGAUUAUUUGUAUACAGCUCAGGAUCACUGUCUCGUUGAGACCAUCGCUUUCUUUGCCUACGCAACUUGGGAUCAAUAUUGCAUUGACGGGGUUGGAAUUUUAGACAAUCCAGUAGUAAAGAGUGUCUUAGAUCAAAAUAACUUACUAACCAGUGGAUUACUUCCAAACUGCCCUUUCAUUAUAUAUUCGAGUACACAUGAUGAAGUAGUUCCAAUUGAAGAUACAAAUGAAUUGGUGGAAUAUUGGUGUUCUCAGGGCAUAAAUGUUGAACUUAGAAGAGAUGUCUUUUCUGGUCAUGUUAUAACUGCAAUUGAUGGAACUGGUUUAGCUUUCAACUUUAUUAAGGAUAGGUUCAAUAAUGUCGAACUCAACCCCACAUGUCAAAACUCUACUAUUAGUUUUGACUUAUUAAACGAAGGUAGUCUUGCUGGCUUCGGCGACAUUGCCGUGGAUGAUAUUGAAUGGCUUUUUGGAGGCGACAUAGGUCCUUCUUCGCCAUCUUUAAACUCUAGCUCUUCAUCUCCAGGUUCACCUGCUGGUAAGCUGGGUAUUAUUGAUGCUGCUGUCAACUAUAUUCUGCAAAUCAUUGCUUCUGUAACAACUCCAGACGACCCUGACAAUGUAACAACAAAUCAGAUUUAUGACUUAUUGGCAAGCUACAUUACAACAAUCGCGAACAGUGUCUCUUCUGUGACCGAUUUUAUUUCUAAUAUUUUUGGUUUUGGUUCCAGUGAUUCUGCAUUAUCCAAUAAUUCAACUGGUUCCCUGGCUGGUAGUAUUGUUUCUUCGUUAUUAUCUACGGCAGGAAGCCUCAUUUCUGGUCCUUCCAGUAAUUCUACGACUGAUGGCUCAUCCUCUUCAAGCGGUGGAAGUUUGAUAUCAUCACUCGUAUCAACAGGGCAGAGCUUAGCUUCUGACCUUUUCAGUAACUCUACAACUGAUUCUAGUUCUCUGGGUGGUGGAGGCUUAUUAUCAUCACUUUUGUCAACAGGAACAGGAAUUGUAUCCAGCCUUUUGAGUGGUUCUACUUAG